GGGCCUGUGAAAAUGCCAUUGGUUCUCAGCAUGCGUGAUUAUGAAAGUCCUUACAGUGAACACAGGAAGCACUUGGAGAAAGUGAACAACCCUGAAGUCUUUCAGAGCACGCAACUGAAGGGCUUUGCAAAUUAGAUUUUUAAAAAAAUCACAUUUAAACAAAUCGAAGGGCAAUACAAAGUCAAGGGCCUGCCAAUUGAACAAGGAGCAAGGAUUCCAGCCAGAAUCCAAAGGAAAGUCAUGGGGAUACUAUAUUCACAGCCCAUUUGUCAGGCGGCUUAUAAUAAUGACUUGAAUGAAGUUCAGCUCCUGUUGAAGGAAGACAGCAGUAAUCUGAACAUCCAGGACAGGUUUGGUGGAGACACGCCGUUAAUCUGUGCCUGCAGACAGGGAAACAACAGAAUAGUCAGUUAUCUGCUGAAAAGGAAGGCUGAUGUGAACAUCAAAAAUAAGAAAGAACGAACGUGUUUGCAUUAUGCUGUCAAAAAACGGUUCAGCUUUCUUGACUACUUGUUGAUUAUCAUCUUAAUGCCUGUAAUGCUUAUUGGGUAUCUCCUCAUGGUAUCCAAAAGUAAGCAAAAUGAAAAUCUCAUCAAGAUGUUACUUAGAGCUGGUGCAGACGUUAAUGCUACAGACAAUUCAGGAAGGACAGCCCUCCACUACGCCUGUGAAAUGAAGAACCAGGCCAUCAUUCCUUUACUAAUGGAAGCAGGUGCUGAUCCUUCCAUAAAGGAUAAGGAAGAAGAGACUUCACUGGACAUAGCAAGAAGACUGAAGUUCAACAAUAUAGAAUGCAUAUUAAAGAAAGAAUCCUAGAGCAUAAUGGGACAUUAUCAAGUUUGUUAUGAAA